AUGAACCAUGCACUGCGAUCGCCGUCGCAGCAAAGCCUCCACUUUCAGGGGCUACAGGCGCCCGGGCAGACUCGGCUCGCGGCUUUCCCUCACCGGUUAUCCCCUCCCGCUGUUGCGUCUCCCCUCGGCUCGCCGGGCUGGCAGCACCGGGGGAACGACAGCCCGUCGUCUGGUAACCAGUCCGCCGGCUGUUCGUCUGGCAAGUCAGCCGCAGGGUCCGGCAGCACGGCGUGUGGAUCGCGAUCGUCGCUGCCGCCGCGGCUGGACGACGCGGACCUCACUAGCGUUCUGUGGGAGAGCCGGUCCAGGUGCAAUGUAUCUGGCGCUGGCGCUGGCGCUGGUGCUGCGAGUGCAUUGGGAGGGUUUCAGGGCGAUGGGAGUGCGCAUGGUGGUCAAGAAGGUCGAUCAGACGGCAGCGUGCACGGCGGUCAGUUGGGUCAACGAGACGGCAGCGUGCACGGCGGUCAAUUUAUUCAACCAGACGGCAGCAUGUACGGCGGUCAAAUCAGUAAACGAGACGGCAGCGUGCACGGCGGUCAAAUUAGCCAACGGGACGGCAGCAUGCACGGUGGUCAAUUUAGUCAACGAAACGGCAGCGUGCACGGUGGUCAAAUUAGUCAACGGGACGGCAGCGUGCACGGUGGUCAAAUUAGUCAACGGGACGGCAGCCUGCACGGUGGUCAACUUAGACAACGGGACGGCAGCCUGCACGGCGUUCAAAAUAGUCAACGAGACGGCAGCAUGCACGGCGGUCAGGCGAUUCUUAGGGACGGAAGUCUGCAUGGCGGUCAAAUGAGUCAACUGGGCGGCAGCACGCAUGGUGGGCGUCAGCUGAGUCAUUUAGGCGGCAGCGCGCAUGGUGGUAAACUGUCGCAACCGGACGGCAGUGUGCAUGGCGGUCAACUGUCUCAACCGGACGGUAGUGUGCGUGGCGGUCAAGCGAGUCAACGAGGCGGCAGCGUGCCUGGCGACACCGUUCCUGCAUACACUGACAGCCAAGCACGUAGCGACCACUUAGCCCGCCUUCACGCCAGCAGCAGCGUGCACGGAGGCGGUUUCUACGCCAGCGGCCUUGCCUCGGGUGGUCUCUACGGCAGUGCGCUUCAUUACCCCAAGUCCGGUGCCCACAGCGCACGGGGCAGCGCCCAAGGCAGCGCACGGGUUAGCGCGCAAGGCAGCGCGCACGGGAGCAAUGAAGGCAAAACGGGCGUCCACGGUUUCGGGGACAGUGCCCAAAGAUGCAUUCCGCCCCGCGCUAGUACUGUUCACGGUGGUAACCUGUACUCCGCGAGCUUGCACGCAUCUCACAGUUAUGACGGCCGGGAUUUCCACGUCAACGGCCGUCAGCAGGGCCGUCAGCAGAGCAGUCAGAAGGACGGCCAGCAGGGAAGGUCAAACGCGAUGGAGGGCUUGCAUGGGAAGGCGAAUGUUUUUAGCGGCGUGCAGGCAGGGUUCGGGAGCAUGCACCAAGCGGGUAGGAGUGUGUAUCAGGGCGAUGGGAACGUGCACAAAGCGGGUGGAAGUGUGCAUCAAACGGACGGAAGCGUGCAUCAAGCGGGUGGGAGUGUGCUUCAAACGGACGGGAGCGUGCAUCAGGGAGAUGGGAGCGUGCACAGCGUGGGCGUGGGCGCCAGCGCUGGCGUCCUCGCCAAGCUGCGGCUGGAAGGCGGGGAUCGGUUGAAUGCGGUGCCAGGGAGUACGGAGGGCGCUGUGCUUGGUGGCGGCCUUUUUGGGAGUGUCUUUGGCCCAGGGUUUGGCCCUGGGGCGGACUUUUCUAGGGGAGGAUUUUCUGGGGCAGGCGUUUCAGGGACGGGCGUUUCUGGUAUUGGGUCUUGCGAGGCUAACGAGGGUUUUGGUGGAAGUGGGUGGGAGCGAGGGCUUGGCGCUGCUGCUGCUUCUGGUGCUGCUGGCGCUGCUGCUGGUGCUGCUGGUGCUGUGGGUGCUGUGGGUGCUGGUGGGUUCGACAGCCGUUCAGAUCUGGAAAAGGUGUUCACGUCAAUCCAUGGGCAUGGGCAAGAGCAAGCACGUGACAGCAGCCUAACCACAAACACGGGCUUAGUAGGAGCGAAUAGCAGCGUGAAGGCGGAAGCGCAUGCGAUCAUCGGAGAGGACCUAGACUCGGAGAGAAACAGGGGCAUGGGGAAAGGUGGGGAUGCGGAAGAGGCGAAGGGCAUGGAAGGAAUGGAAGGAGCAGCGGACACGCUAAAAGAUGACGCGGUAGCAGCAGACGCGGAAACAGCAGACGCGGUAACAGCAGUUGCCGAGGACAUGGGGUUUGAUGCCCUGGCGGAGUAUUUGAACUUCCCUGACGAUGACCCCCCGUGGUCCAGUCUUCCCGGCUGGGACGAGCUCAUGCUGGGGGGCAGCGGAGGGGCGGACGCAGGGGGAGGAUUGGUAGGGGAUGGAGUGGCUGGAGGGGAAGGAGGAUGGAGUGGAGAAGGAGCAGGAGCGAAGGAUGGAGCGGGAGGAGCGGCAGGGGCAGGGGCAGGUCUGGAAGGAGGCUCGGCUGCAGAUGCUGGAAUGCUUGAUGGUACGGCAGGAGGAGGUACGGAUAUGGAGGGAACAGAGGAUGACGUCAUGUGCCGCGGGCACUUAGCACUGACUGCCGACGUGUGCGUGCGUGGUGGCAUGCUCAUGUCGCUGUUGGCUGACGUCACAAGGCUUGGAGGGGGGCCCAGUGGAGGAGAGGGAGGGGUGGGGCAGAUAGGUGCAGGGCGGUUUGAAACAACCGGAUUCGAUGGGGCGGGGUUCUUUGAAGGGGAAGCGGUUUCUGCUUCUGCAGAUAGCACCGGCGCUACAACCGGCAGUGCUGACGCGUCAGCUAGCGCUGGCGCUACAGCUAGUGCUGACGCGACCGCCAGUGGUGACGUGGACAGUGCUGACGUCAGCACUGGGCAUGAUGACACGGGUACAAUGGCUCAGAAAGCAGAGUGCAUGAGGGAAAUGUACAUGGGGGGAGGAAUGAGGGCGCAUGACGCAACAGCAGCGGCAGCAGCAGCAGCAGCAGCAGCAGCAGCAGCAGCAGCAGCCAGCCGCAGCAGCAGCAGCAGCAGCAGCAGCCAGCAGCAGCAGCAGCAGCAGCAGCAGCAGCAGCAGCAGCAGCAGCAGGCAGCAGCAGCAGCCGCAGCAGACAGGCAGCAGCAGCAGCAGCAGCAGCAGCAGCAGCCAGCAGCAGCAAGCAGCAGCAGCCAGCCGCAGCAGCAGCAGCAGCAGCAGCAGCACAGCGAGCAGCAGCAUCAGGCAGCAGCAGCAGCAAGCAGCAGCAUCAGCAGCCGCAGGCAGCAGCAGGCAGCAGCAGCAGCAGCAGCAGCAGCAGCAGCAGCAGCAGCAGCAGCAGCAGCAGCAGCAGCAGCAGCAGCAGCAGCAGCAGCAGCAGCAGCAGCAGCAGCAGCAGCAGCAGCAGCAGCAGCAGCAGCAGCAGCAGCAGCAGCAGCAGCAGCAGCAGCAGCAGCAGCAGCAGCAGCAGCAGCAGCAGCAGCAGCAGCAGCAGCAGCAGCAGCAGCAGCAGCAGCAGCAGCAGCAGCAGCAGCAGCAGCAGCAGCAGCAGCAGCAGCAGCAGCAGCAGCAGCAGCAGCAGCAGCAGCAGCAGCAGCAGCAGCAGCAGCAGCAGCAGCAGCAGCAGCAGCAGCAGCAGCAGCAGCAGCAGCAGCAGCAGCAGCAGCAGCAGCAGCAGCAGCAGCAGCAGCAGCAGCAGCAGCAGCAGCAGCAGCAGCAGCAGCAGCAGCAGCAGCAGCAGCAGCAGCAGCAGCAGCAGCAGCAGCAGCAGCAGCAGCAGCAGCAGCAGCAGCAGCAGCAGCAGCAGCAGCAGCAGCAGCAGCAGCAGCAGCAGCAGCAGCAGCAGCAGCAGCAGCAGCAGCAGCAGCAGCAGCAGCAGCAGCAGCAGCAGCAGCAGCAGCAGCAGCAGCAGCAGCAGCAGCAGCAGCAGCAGCAGCAGCAGCAGCAGCAGCAGCAGCAGCAGCAGCAGCAGCAGCAGCAGCAGCAGCAGCAGCAGCAGCAGCAGCAGCAGCAGCAGCAGCAGCAGCAGCAGCAGCAGCAGCAGCAGCAGCAGCAGCAGCAGCAGCAGCAGCAGCAGCAGCAGCAGCAGCAGCAGCAGCAGCAGCAGCAGCAGCAGCAGCAGCAGCAGCAGCAGCAGCAGCAGCAGCAGCAGCAGCAGCAGCAGCAGCAGCAGCAGCAGCAGCAGCAGCAGCAGCAGCAGCAGCAGCAGCAGCAGCAGCAGCAGCAGCAGCAGCAGCAGCAGCAGCAGCAGCAGCAGCAGCAGCAGCAGCAGCAGCAGCAGCAGCAGCAGCAGCAGCAGCAGCAGCAGCAGCAGCAGCAGCAGCAGCACAGCAGCAGCACAGCAGCAGCAGCAGCCAGCAGCCAGCAGCAGCACAGCAGCAGCAGCAGCAGCGCAGCAGCAGCAGCAGCAGCAGCAGCCAGCAGCAGCAGCAGCAGCAGCAGCAGCAGCAGCAGCAGCAGCAGCAGCCAGCAGCAGCAGCAGCAGCAGCAGCAGCGAGCAGCAGCAGCAGCAGCAGCAGCAGCAGCACAGCAGCAGCAGCAGCAGCAGCAGCAGCAGCAGCAGCAGCAGCAGCAGCAGCAGCAGCAGCAGCAGCACAGCAGCAGCAGCAGCAGCAGCAGCAGCAGCAGCAGCAGCAGCAGCAGCAGCAGCAGCAGCAGCCAGCAGCAGCAGCAGCAGCAGCAGCAGCACAGCAGCAGCAGCAGCAGCAGCAGCACAGCAGCAGCAGCAGCAGCAGCAGCAGCAGCAGCAGCACAGCAGCAGCAGCAGCAGCAGCAGCAGCAGCAGCAGCAGCAGCAGCCAGCAGCAGCAGCAGCAGCAGCAGCAGCAGCAGCAGCAGCAGCAGCAGCAGCAGCAGCAGCAGCAGCAGCAGCAGCAGCAGCAGCAGCAGCAGCAGCAGCAGCAGCAGCAGCAGCAGCAGCAGCAGCAGCAGCAGCAGCAGCAGCAGCAGCAGCAGCAGCAGCAGCAGCAGCAGCAGCAGCAGCAGCAGCAGCAGCAGCAGCAGCAGCAGCAGCAGCAGCAGCAGCAGCAGCAGCAGCAGCAGCAGCAGCAGCAGCAGCAGCAGCAGCAGCAGCAGCAGCAGCAGCAGCAGCAGCAGCAGCAGCAGCAGCAGCAGCAGCAGCAGCAGCAGCAGCAGCAGCAGCAGCAGCAGCAGCAGCAGCAGCAGCAGCAGCAGCAGCAGCAGCAGCAGCAGCAGCAGCAGCAGCAGCAGCAGCAGCAGCAGCAGCAGCAGCAGCAGCAGCAGCAGCAGCAGCAGCAGCAGCAGCAGGCAGCAGCAGCAGCAGCAGCAGCAGCAGCAGCAGCAGCAGCAGCAGCAGCAGCAGCAGCAGCAGCAGCAGCAGCAGCAGCAGCAGCAGCAGCAGCAGCAGCAGCAGCAGCAGCAGCAGCAGCAGCAGCAGCAGCAGCAGCAGCAGCAGCAGCAGCAGCAGCAGCAGCAGCAGCAGCAGCAGCAGCAGCAGCAGCAGCAGCAGCAGCAGCAGCAGCAGCAGCAGCAGCAGCAGCAGCAGCAGCAGCAGCAGCAGCAGCAGCAGCAGCAGCAGCAGCAGCAGCAGCAGCAGCAGCAGCAGCAGCAGCAGCAGCAGCAGCAGCAGCAGCAGCAGCAGCAGCAGCAGCAGCAGCAGCAGCAGCAGCAGCAGCAGCAGCAGCAGCAGCAGCAGCAGCAGCAGCAGCAGCAGCAGCAGCAGCAGCAGCAGCAGCAGCAGCAGCAGCAGCAGCAGCAGCAGCAGCAGCAGCAGCAGCAGCAGCAGCAGCAGCAGCAGCAGCAGCAGCAGCAGCAGCAGCAGCAGCAGCAGCAGCAGCAGCAGCAGCAGCAGCAGCAGCAGCAGCAGCAGCAGCAGCAGCAGCAGCAGCAGCAGCAGCAGCAGCAGCAGCAGCAGCAGCAGCAGCAGCAGCAGCAGCAGCAGCAGCAGCAGCAGCAGCAGCAGCAGCAGCAGCAGCAGCAGCAGCAGCAGCAGCAGCAGCAGCAGCAGCAGCAGCAGCAGCAGCAGCAGCAGCAGCAGCAGCAGCAGCAGCAGCAGCAGCAGCAGCAGCAGCAGCAGCAGCAGCAGCAGCAGCAGCAGCAGCAGCAGCAGCAGCAGCAGCAGCAGCAGCAGCAGCAGCAGCAGCAGCAGCAGCAGCAGCAGCAGCAGCAGCAGCAGCAGCAGCAGCAGCAGCAGCAGCAGCAGCAGCAGCAGCAGCAGCAGCAGCAGCAGCAGCAGCAGCAGCAGCAGCAGCAGCAGCAGCAGCAGCAGCAGCAGCAGCAGCAGCAGCAGCAGCAGCAGCAGCAGCAGCAGCAGCAACAACAUCAAUCACAACAGCAACAGCAGCAGCAGCAGCAGCAGCAACAGCACCAGCAGAAUCAGCAACAGCAGCAGCAGAAAUCGGGUGUUGGGAACGUUGGAGGGCAAAUGGGGGGACAGGUGGGAGUGCGGAUGGGAGGUCAGAUGGGGGGGCAGAUGGGGGGGCAGAUGGGGGGACAGAUGGGAGGGCAGAUGGGAGGGCAGAUGGGAGGGAAAAUGGGGGGACAGAUGGGAGGUCAGAUGGGGGGGCAGAUGGGGGGGCAGAUGGGGGGGCAGAUGGGGGUGCAAAUGAGAUCAGCGCCCAAGCUGCCAUCCACUGUGCUUCUCCCUGCCUGCAUGCAAAGCACGCCAGACGCUACUGCCGCUGCCACUGCCCAUGCCCAUGCCAGUGGUCCUUUCUCCCCAUCCUCCACCAACCAAUCACAAGCAGCCUCUCCCCUCUGCUUCUCCCCAGCCUCCGCUACAUCCGCUGCUGCUCGUGCUACAAACCAAGAACCUGGUGUAACCGCCCCUUCUGCCGGAACUAAGGAACCUGGUACAACCUCACCUCCUGCUAAAACCGCCCCUUCUUACUCCCCCCAGAAUCUCGGCCGUUCAUCCAGUCACCCCCAAUCGGGGGCAUUGCCCCACAACAAUAAUUAUAACGUAGCGGCAGCUACAGCAGUUGCAGCAGCCUCAGCAGAAGCUACAGCUGCGGCUGAAAAGAGAAGCGAGGCAGUACAGGGGGUGGGCAGAACGGGAGGACAGGGGAGUGGUGGAAAAGGGGGGGUAGGAGGCGGAGGAGGAGGCGGAGCAGGCGGAGGGGGGAGCGGAGUGGGAGGGGGUAGCAGCUGCAGCUCUGGCAAAAGCAGCCGGAAAUCCAGCCCAGGCCUCCGCACAGGAAGCAAGAAGGCAACAGGAAAGGCAGCAGGAAUGGGCUUGGGUGUAAAUAUGGGCAUGGGGCAAGGCACAGGGAUGGGUAUGGGGGGUAUAGCCAAACCAGGUCCCUACAAUGGAGGGGUGUCAGUUCACUCUAACCGUGGUUACUACUGCACGGGAGGGAGGGGUUGCACAGGCGGCCCCUCCUGCCACCACAACCAUGUGCCUCCUGCCCUUUUCAUGAUGGCUGCUGCUGCUGCAGCCGGCACAGGGAUGAUACCCAUGGGUGCCGUGGGUGCGUACAGGCAGCAGCUGCAGCUGCAGGGGAGGCUGGUGAAGCGGGUGGAGCCGCCGGUGAAAAGGAAGCGGGGGAGGCAGAAAAAGGUUCCUUCAAAGAAUGGGCCAUGUGGGGCGACGACGAAUCUAAGAGCGCUGGUUCCGAGGUCUGGGGCAGGAGGAGCGGGAGGAGAGGGGGCAGGAGCAGGAGCAGAAGCAAGGGCAGGGGGAGGGAGAGGGGGAGGGGGAGUGGCAGCAGGUGUGGGGAUGCAAGCAGCGGCAGCAGUGUCAGGACCAGCACCGAUGCAAUUUAUACAGACGUUUCCUCCCGGCCCACCUACCUUAUUCCCACACCAGUUGAUACCUGCUCCUGCUCCUUCCCACCUGCAAUCCAGCUCAGCAGGUGUACCUUCAGGUGCUGCAACAGUGCCCAUGUUCUGGGGCCCUGUGGCAUGGAUACACCCCUCAGCUGCUGCUGGUGCUGCCGCUGGUGGCCCCUCGCCUAUGCAUAUGUCUGGUGGUCAUGGCAUGCCACUGCCACUGCACAUGCAGCAGGCAGCGAUGGGAGGCAUGGGAGGGAUGGGGGUUAUGGGGGGUAUGAGUGGGAUGGGAGGUAUGGGGGAGAUUGUAGGUGGUUCCAUGGGAGGAGGGAUGAUGGUCGAAGGAGGGGGAGGAGGGCAUGGGGUACCGGGGAUGGCAGGUGAGGGGAGGGUGCGUGGAGGGCUGAUUUCAAGUGGAAUGCAGCAACCGGAUGGGACGCCAUGA